AAAGAGUUCAUCCCAUCUGCAUUGCUCUUCUACACACAUUCUCUCGCGCCGAACCAUCAACCCCUAACAUUGCUCGUUCAAGAUGACUCGAGGCGAGAUUCUCCAUCUUCACAUCGGCCAAGCUGGUACCCAACUCGGGAACAGCGCCUGGGAGCUCUACCUCCUUGAGCAUGGCCUCAAGCACGAUGGGCGUCCUGACCCUGACGCGAAAGCGCUCCAUGAUAGCGGAGAGCUCGAUACCGUGUUUACUGAAACCGGCUCUGGCAAAUAUGUCCCCAGAUCCAUCUUUGUCGAUUUGGACCCUAGUCCCAUUGAUGAGAUCCGCACCGGUGAUUACAGACAGCUCUUCCACCCCGAGUUGUUGAUUAGUGGCAAGGAGGAUGCGGCGAACAACUAUGCGCGCGGCCAUUACACUAUUGGAAAGGAAAUCCUGGAUGGUACUUUGGACAAGAUUAGACGUGUUUUGGACAACUGCUCUAGUCUUCAGGGAUUUCUGAUCUUCCACUCCUUCGGUGGUGGAACCGGUUCUGGUUUCGGCUCUCUGUUGCUUGAGCGAUUGAGCACCGACUACGGCAAGAAAUCAAAACUUGAAUUCGCAGUCUACCCUGCUCCUCGCGUUUCCACUGCCGUUGUCGAACCCUACAACGCAGUCCUCUCUACACACAGCACCAUUGAGAACUCUGACUGCACAUUCCUCGUUGACAAUGAAGCCGUCUACGACAUCUGCCGUCGCAACCUUGACAUCCCUCGUCCUUCCUUCGAACAUCUCAACCGACUGAUUGCUCAAGUCGUCAGCUCCAUUACGAGCUCACUGAGAUUUGAUGGAGCGUUGAACGUCGACUUGAACGAGUUCCAGACCAACUUGGUUCCAUACCCGCGCAUCCACUACCCAUUGAUCAGUUAUGCGCCAGUUAUCAGCGCGGCAAAGAGUAGCCACGAGAGCUUCAAGACCCAGGAUUUGACUCUCCAAUGCUUCGAGCCCAACAACCAAAUGGUUGUCUGCGACCCUCGCAACGGAAAAUACAUGGCCGUCGCCCUUCUCUACCGUGGUGAUGUCGUCCCCCGCGACUGCAAUGCCGCUGUUGCCUCCCUGAAAGCCAAGACCUCCUUCAACCUCGUUGAAUGGUGCCCCACUGGUUUCAAGCUCGGCAUCAACUACCAAAAGCCCGUAUCGGUCCCCUCCACCUCGCCCAACGAUGGCGCCCUCGCCUCCGUGGACCGCUCCGUGUCCAUGCUGAGCAACACCACGGCCAUCUCUGAGGCCUGGUCGCGACUCGACCACAAAUUCGAUCUGAUGUACAGCAAGCGCGCCUUCGUGCACUGGUACGUCGGUGAGGGUAUGGAGGAGGGCGAGUUCUCCGAGGCCCGUGAGGAUCUCGCUGCCCUGGAGAAGGACUACGAGGAAGUCGCAGCCGACAGCUUUGAGCCGGAUGAGGUGGAGGCCGAGUACUAAUCCCCUCGUCUCUUUCUCAUGUUUUCGUUUUUUUCGCCGAGGCCAGUAGUACAGUACAUUCUUGAUGCAAAGGGG